CCGAUUGAUUAGGAAAGCCUGUGUGGGCCAGGAUCAGAAUUGAGAUUGGGAAGAGUUGGUGUUGGUGAGUUACUAGCCGGUUCUGAAGGCCUGAUUGAUGGCCGUCACACAAGGACUCCGCACAUUUCCACACAGGCUGAUACUGGCCCGCACAAUCUGACGCUUCGAAAUCUUUGUUUUAGUAAGUUUGGUAUUUCUACAAGAACAUCCUGGCAUGGAGCUACUGAUCGCCGUUUACUGAUUAUCAAACCAACAGCCUCAACGCUUUUUCGCUUGAAACCUAAAGAACCUUUUUUUUUUUUUUUUUUGAGAAGAUGACUGAGAGACCACAGAGCCCGACAGGAACGGACUGCAGACCCUAUGAACUCAACAGGGCCAUGUACCAUCAAGCCCCGGGUCUGGAUGGACUUGGCGGCGAUUUUAAAACGAUCGAUCUGCAAGGCAGUGAUUUUGCUCACCCCAAACAUUGGUACCCGUUUGCUGCACCCGAGUUCACCGGGCAGGUCGCGGGUGCGACGGCAGCCACCCAGCCGGCGAACAUCAGCCCGCCUAUCGCUGAAACCAGGGAACAAAUCAAGAUUCCAGCUGAGGUAAAAACUGAAAAGGAUGUUGAUGAAUACACCAAUGAAGAAAACAAGCCGACGUCACAAUAUAAUCUCACUCCCGGGACAUCAUCCGUACCCACCGGGGUGAAUUAUUACACACACUGGAACCCCUCGUUUUGGCCUGGACUGUCUCAUAUUACGGCCUCCGCAAAUAUUUCUCAAGCUCCCCCGACUCCCUCAGCAUCAUCCCCAUCUCUGUCUCCAUCUCCACCCGGAAAUGGGUUCGAAAGCCCGGGCUUUUUCAACGGAGGCUCCGCGCAAAACAUCCCUUCGGGUCAGGCGCAAAGCGCAGCCAGGAGCAGCGGCUCCUCUAGUGGAGGGUGCAGUGAUUCUGAGGAGGAGGAGAAUCUGACUACGGAAGACUUGGAACAGUUUGCUAAAGAGCUCAAACACAAACGCAUCACUCUGGGCUUCACGCAGGCAGACGUGGGGCUCGCGCUGGGAAACCUGUAUGGCAAAAUGUUCAGUCAGACGACUAUCUGCCGCUUUGAGGCUCUCCAACUUAGUUUCAAGAAUAUGUGCAAACUGAAGCCGCUGCUCCAGAGGUGGUUGGAUGAGGCAGAGAAUUCCGAAAACCCUCAGGACAUGUACAAAAUUGAGCGGGUGUUCAUUGACACAAGAAAAAGAAAGCGGAGGACCAGUUUGGAAGGCACAGUCCGUUCUGCUUUGGAGUCGUACUUUGUGAAGUGCCCCAAACCCAACACUCUGGAGAUCACUCAUAUAUCUGAUGACCUCGGCCUGGAGAGAGAUGUAGUACGUGUGUGGUUCUGCAACCGUAGACAAAAGGGGAAACGUCUAGCGUUGCCCUUUGAUGAUGAAUGCGCUGAAGCACAGUAUUACGACCACAGUCCACCACCUCUGCCCCACAUGGGUGGCACAGCCCUCCCAGGGCAAGGCUAUCCUGGACCAGCCCAUCCUGGAGGAGCCCCUGCCCUAUACAUGCCUUCCCUCCACCGACCGGAGGUCUUUAAAAACGCCCUGCACCCUGGACUGGUGGGUCACCUCACCAGCUAAACAGGAGCUUGCCAAAUUUUAAAUAGAGAUGCUCCAAGCCAAGCUAUGGAUCAAAUCAGCCUUAUGAUUUAUUUUUAUGUAAACAUUGCAUCUGUUUAUUUGGUUCUUUCCAUAUGUGCCUUGGGAAGCUCUGAUUGUAUAGUGUCUGGUUUAGACUUGACCUUAUACACUAGCAGCCUAAUGGGUGCCUUGUUGAACUAAUGCGUUUGCACAUGAAGUCAUAGGUUCAGAUACGAUUUUUAUAGUUUUUAUGACUUUUUGCUCCUGUAUCAAUUUAUGUACAUAUGUUUGUCUUAUCAUUCAAUAUUUGAUGAUUUCCAAAGUAUAUUUCCAUAUUUGUCUUCAUACUUUGUAGUUUUUCCGCCACAUUUCUAUGUGAACUGGCAGCAAAUUCAAGACUUGGAUCUUGUAUUUUGACUAAUUGAUUUUUAAAGAGA